CACAAGAUCUGUUGGCCAAAGACCAUUUUGUUGCACAGGUGGGAGGUGGAGAUUUUUCGCGUUAGCCUUCGCAGCGCCAAUCCUGCUACACUGGAUGAUGCUAUUAAUCUUGCAGCCGAACUUGACCUUAUCAGAGGCUUAGAGAGUGGUUACACAGCCCCGGAUGCUAGAAUGCGCGUGGUUGCUGAGAAAUCUGCCAGUGAUGAGCGGGUUGAUGCACUUUUGGGGGUUGUAGAAGGUUUACGACAGGAAGUACAGUACAGGCUCUAGUGGACCCAAUUCAAACUGUCCCGGUACCCCCAGGUUUAGGCCCUUCCCCUCACCUAGGUCAAACACGUGUUCCUGCACCCAAGCAAGAUGUUGAGCGAAUAAGAAGAUGUUGGGAGUGUGGCUGUAAUCGUUACAUACGGCGUGACUGUCCUUAUCUACAGGGAAACUAGAGUGGGCAUGCACAGAGGGCCAAAUGUCCGCCCCCCCGCUUCAUCCACUGAGGUCCCUGAUAGUCGAAAGGGUGGUUCCGGCUAUCUUAAAGCUAAAAUAGGUGGGUUUGACUGUCAUGUACUUGUAAAUACUGGAGCCUCAUGCUCUAUAAUUCCUAAGCAGUUAUGGCUUUCUGUUACUAAAGGAGGGUGUGAUUUGGGGAAUUAUGCCGGCAGGGCUACGGCAGCAAGCGGUGGGGGCAUGCAUAUUGUGGGGUGCUGGCAGACUGUACGUCAAUUUGAUUCCCUUUUGCUGGUUGCAGAGUUUUUAGUCUCCGAUAUUCCCUCAGAAGAGAUCCUGCUUGGGUUUGAUUUCUUAUCGCAAUAUGGCGCUGUGGUUGAUCUAGGGAAAAAGACUUGCCAGAUUAUGGGCAAGCAAUUUCCUCUGGUUGAUCUUAACCCAUCAUUAAAACCCCAAGUAGUUACCGUACAGUCUGAUACCAUUGUUCCCCCACGUAGCGAGGCCAUAAUUUAGGGCCAGGUCCAGAGCGGGUGGGGGGAUUAUGCGGAAGGGAUGCUGGAACCCUCCACCUCCCUCCCUCAACACUGUGACAUAUUGGUAGCCCGAGUGGUUUGUAAAGUUGAACAGGGCCUGCUGCCAUUACGUGUUAUCAAUGUAAACAACGAAGCGUGAACAUUAAAGAGGGG